GCAGGUGCCCGCACCAAGAUGGCGGCUGCAUGGUCAAGGCCAAUAGGCAGCAGCAGCGGUCGAUGACGCGUCUAUGUAUAUAUGUCUAUGGGUGGAGCUUUGUUAGCUUCAAUUAGCUUCUUUUAGCCAGGCGCUGCACGUUUUUUUAUGUUUUUAUUCCACAUUGACAAACAUUUUAUCUUCUUCGAGAUCCACUAACAGCCAGAUUUCAGCGAUGGCGGCCGGCUCCUCUUUCCACUCGCGGCUCGCGUCCAUCAUGGAGGCGAUGGCCAAGUCUGCUCUGGGUCAGGUCUGCAAGCUGGUGGACGAGGACUCGGCGAAGCUGCAGCUGGAGCUGUCCCAGCUCCUGGCCACCAACUCAGCCCUGGCCAGGAAAGUAAACACCCUCGAGUGCGAGCUGACGGUCGUGAGGACGGACGCGAGCAAGUUGAGUAAAAGUUAUCGCAACGUGGGUGUGCAAACCAUCUGCUGCAGAGACGAGGAUGGCUGCGAUGUGACAAGGCCUCUGACAAUAGAGGGGAUCUUUGGAAAAGACUGGUGUAUGAACCUUUGGAAAGGCAAAGACCCGUACAGUCUGGAGAUAAGCACGGACUCACAAGCUGCACACACUCCUGAUGAGUCUGUAGGGACUCUGUCUGACCAAAUUUCCAUCACUGAGGUCAAAGAAGAGCAUGUGCAGGAUGCUGCCACUCAGUCCCAGCAGGAAACACUCAUCGCUGAAGAACAUGAACGCUUGACUGAGGAAAGAGGGCAUCCUACUUUGGAUUACGUGGUUGAGGGCAGCACUUCCAGCCUGUCGUUUGAUCAGGAUGGAGAGCAGGUUGUCUCUUCAGAUGCUAUCGAAGAACAAACUCGUUUCCAUAACAAAAGCAAGCUAAACUCACACAGGUGUGUUCCAGUAGAUCCCAUGAAGAGAACUCGCAAGUCAUGCGAGUUAUGUGAUAAGGUAUUUGCCAACCCGUCCGCGUUGAGGAUUCACUAUGUCGUCCACACGGGAGAGAAGCCGUACCGUUGCACCAUGUGUGACAAACGGUUUACACAGAAAGGCAAUCUGAAAUGUCAUCUUCGCAUCCACACUGGAGAAAAACCUUUCGUCUGCGUUAAAUGUGGGAAGACUUUCACACAGAAGGUGAAUCUCAACCAUCAUUUAAUAGCACACAGGAAUCAAGAGGUCUCUGAAGAAAAGCCUGUAGUUAAAAAACAAUUUAAAACCUAG